AUUCAUUAUUAUUUGUAGAUGAAUUGUAUGGACGUUGCAAGUUUUGUAGUUACUCCAACUUCUUCACAGCUAAUAUUGACGAAUAGAAAAUAUUUUUAUGUACCUAGUAUUUCCUGUCGUGGUUGUAUUUACGCUACACGAAAAAAUAGUGCAAAUAGAACUGCUAUUCUGCCGAAUAAUCAGAUUAGUAACCAGUAUUAUUAUUUUGUUGGGUACCAGAGAAGCAAGUCUAAUCAUUUGCUGAAGAACCAACGCUUUGUUUGCAGAAAAGAUUGGACUAGUGGAAGUAUUCAUGUAGAGAAAGCUUCUUUCACACCGUGCUUUAUCUUUUCACCAAAUAUUGAGUUUCAUACCAGCCAUUCUAGGAAUUCUCUUCAAAUAUUGAGUGAACAAGAUGGUUUCUCUUCAGAAGAAAAGGAACGUAGCCAGAGCUCUACUCAUCAUUCUUCAAGUUCGAUAUCCAGUAGUAAUAAUAAUAAUAACAAUAGUUUUCCCAAGCCAAGAAUGCCGAGAGCAGUUGCCAAAGCUAGAGCCGAAGGAGAGCCAGUUGUAUUUGUAGAAGGAAAAUGGGUUUGUAUGGAUUGUGGAUAUGUUUACCCUGAUGAUGCUUCUAUAGCUUUUGAAAACUUGCCUGAUAACUGGAGAUGCCCUCUCUGUGGAUCUCCUAAACGCAGAUUUUUUAAAAAGCAAGGCAACAAGGUAGUAGCGAGGAUGAGUGAUGAUCGUUGGAUGAUUGCCGUAGCUCUCGGUUUUUCCAUAGCGCUUGUUUGGUUUGGUUACUGGGCUAUUCAUAACUUGUAGCGAUUUCAAUUUUUUUUUGUUAGUCGAUUAUAUAAAGACGAAUGAGAUAUACAUUUCCAUCAUCAAUAAUGAUGGAUUUGUAAACUGUU